AUGAGCGCUGUUUUGGACUUGGUUCUUGUGGGCACUGCCUGGUGCCAUGUCUUCCUCGCGCCCUACACAAAAGUUGAGGAAAGCUUCAACUUGCAUGCAACGCACGAUGUGUUCAUGUACGGCAUUCGAUGGAACGCCCUUCAUAACUAUGAUCACUUCGUCUUCCCUGGUGCAGUCCCUCGCACUUUCAUAGGAAGCGUACUGCUAGCUUGGAUCUCCACUACGGCGAUCAAUGUCGCCUGUGGUCUCGGAUUCCUAUACAGCAAGUUCGACCUCCAGAUUAUUGUCCGGCUUGUCCUCGCUACCGUGAAUGCCGUUUCCCUCUGCAUGCUACGACGUGCUGUCUCGCAUCGCUUCGGUAGUUCCACAAGCGCACUCUUCGUGAUCCUGUCAUGCACGCAAUUCCACCUUCCGUUUUGGAUGGGCAGGACCUUGCCGAACAUGUUCGCACUCUUCCCUGCCAAUGUUGCACUAUAUUUGUUGAUGAAUCGUGCACCGAACUCCAAGCGACCAUCUCAAUCCGCUGUCCAUCGCGCUAUUGCCUUGUUGACAUUCACUGCCGCCGUCUUUCGCUCAGAGCUGUCGUUACUACUCGGCACUCUCGUAUUGCAGGCUCUCAUCUGCCGCUACAGCACAUUCGCAGGCCUUUUCAAAGUCGGACUCAUCUCUGGAAUAUGUUCUGCUGCUCUCACAAUGGUGGUUGACUCUUACUUCUGGCAGCGAUGGCCUCUAUGGCCAGAAUUUUACGGCAUCUACUUCAAUGUGCUCGAAGGCAAGAGCUCUGAAUGGGGUGUCUCGCCUUUUCAUAGCUACUUCACGGCUCAUCUUCCAAAGCUCCUGCUUUCGUCCCUUCCGCUGUCUCUCAUCGGCUUCUUAUCAGAUUCUCGCAUUCGCGCGCAUUUACUCCCUACAAUUGCAUUCCUCCUCCUGAUCAGCGGACUCGAUCACAAGGAAUGGCGCUUUGUGGUAUACGUCGUGCCCAUUUUCAAUAUCGCAGCUGCGCGUGGCGCCGCUUGGAUGAUAUCGCGGAGGAAGAGCAGCCUCUUCGGUCGGAUAUGUCUUAUGACGGUCAUUGGCCUGGUCGCAUGCAAUUGUCUUGCUACACAUUUGCUUACCAAGGCAUCCAUGGCGAAUUAUCCGGGUGGCGAGUCGCUCGCAAGGUUCAAUGAGUUGUACGAUGGCUAUGACCAUGUUCACGUCUACAUAUCCAAUCUCGCUGCUCAGACUGGCGCCUCGCUUUUCCUGCAGACCCAUGCACCGCCCUACCCGCCAGGCAUCGACAUCGUCCCUACGACGCCACACUGGACGUACAACAAGACCGAGCACCUCUCCCCGCAGGCGUUGACUGCAGACCGCAAGAUUACGCACGUCAUCGCCGAGUCUGGACCCACGCUGUCCCGCCCGACUGGAUUCUCGACGGCAGCGUGGAAGGCUGUCGAUACAGUGGAUGGUUUCGAUUGGUGGGUGGUAAAUCCGGAGCUGAAAAACGUUAUCAGAGGGAAGCUUCAGAACGUUAUGGGUAUAAUGGAUGUGUUGCUGCAUCCGCUGGAGAUGAUUACGAGCGAGAAGUUGGUGAUCCUACAGCGAAGCAUAUAAUGAGGUGGUAUGGAGUGGAAAUGAGAUGAUUCUUCAUGCAUGAGUAAGUGACCCCCUUCACCCGUAAUUAGCCCAAUGUUGUUUAUGAGUGUCUGGCGAGUUCAUUGAAUGGACAGAUAGAAGUAUGAUGUCGAUGCUCACUCGUGUACGUAACGCCUAUCCGCAAUAACACUUGAAUGUGAAC